AUGAGCGGAGCUGAUAAAAAAGUAUUAUUAAACGAUAAAGUCUGUAUUAUCACAGGCUCUAAUGAUGGUAUCGGUAAAGAGACUGCUAAAGAGAUGGCUUCUUACAUGAUGAGAGUCAUCCUCGCCUGCAGAAAUAUGGAGAAAUGCAAGAUUGCUGCCGAAGAGAUCAAGCAAGCUUCCAACAACCAAAAUGUCCAUUGUAUGCAAUUAGACUUGUCUUCUCAAAAAUCAAUCAGAACAUUUGUUGAAGAUUUCAAACAAUUGAACGUCCCACUUGACUAUUUAAUUAAUAAUGCUGGUAUUUUCGGUACACCAUUCGCAGUAACUGAAGAUGGAUAUGAAUCACAAGUAGCAACCAACCAUAUGGGUCCAUUCUUAUUGACCAACUUGUUGUUACCACAUAUGAGUCCCAAUGGAAGAAUCGUAGUGUUGGCAUCACGUUCACACGAACGUCAGAUCAUUCCAGAUUUCAACAAGCUCAACACCAUCCAAAAAGAUUAUAAACCACUCGUUGUUUAUGGACAGUCAAAGCUCUGCAACGUCAUGUAUGCCUAUGAACUCCAAAAGAGACUCAUUGAGAAGGGAUCCAAUAUCGUUGUCAACAGUCUCCAUCCAGGUGUCGUCUUUACCAACCUCUUUAACAGUUUCGGUGGUAUGCCAGCCAGAGCCAUUUUCACACUCGCCUCUCCAUUCCUCACCAAGGCUACCGAAAGUGCCAAGGCAUCUACUGCCCUCGCACUCGGUGUUGCACCAGACCUCCAAGGUGUCAAAGGUCAAUACUUUUCCGUGAACAAGCGUAUCCCCUCCUCUCCCUUUUCACGUGACCCAGCCAACUGGGCCAAGCUUUGGACUCUCAGCGCCGAGUAUUGCAAGAUCCCAGAAGAUAUCCAAUUAAACAAGGAGUAA